CUGUGGUGUAAGACUUUUAAAAGUAAACGAACAUGUAGCAGUAGGCUCACGUCAGCGCCUAUAACUUUGACUUUACCAACUGUAUGCAAAUAUCUUAGGUUAUUAAUACACAGAGAUCCUAUACCAUGCCAAGAACAACCAGAAGUCUUUGUAGGCUUCACUGUUUGGCAGACAUAUUUCAUUUAAGAAAUGAAGGAACAGUCUUAGGUGGAAGUAAGUCCACUCUUCUCUCUCAUUGGCUUGCGCCUGUCACUUAUUCAUCAUAUAAACCCAAGAUGCAAUCACACAUGAGGGCAUAGAAGAUACCAGAGACUCCACAGAGACACAGCACAAAAUCACACCAUGCCAAACUACAAACUCAUAUAUUUUAAUAUGAGGGGGAGAGCAGAAAUUAUUCGUUACAUAUUUGCAUAUUUAGACAUAAACUAUGAAGACCACAGAAUAGAACAAGCUGAUUGGCCUGAAAUCAAGUCAACUCUUCCGUUCGGCAAAAUCCCCAUUUUGGAAGUUGAUGGACUUAGCCUCCACCAGAGCCUCGCAAUAGCAAGAUACUUGACCAAAAACACAGAUUUGGCUGGAAAAACAGAAUUGGAACAAUGUCAAGUUGAUGCAAUUGUGGACACAUUGGAUGAUUUCAUGUCACGUUUUCCUUGGGCAGAGAAAAGACAAGAUGUGAAAGAGAAGAUGUUUAAUGAGCUACUUACAUACGAUGCACCUCAUCUUAUGCAAGAUUUGGACACAUAUUUAGGGGAAAAAGAGUGGUUUAUUGGUAACUCUGUGAGUUGGGCAGAUUUCUACUGGGAAAUUUGCAGUACCACACUUUUGGUCUUUAAACCUGACUUGUUGGACACCCAUCCCAGGCUGGUGAUGUUACGGAAGAAAGUCCAAGCCAUUCCUGCCAUUGCUGACUGGAUACAACGAAGACCCCAAACCAGACUCUAGGUGAGGCCUGCUGCCUCCAAACUUGGUUGUUCUUCACAGCAUCGCUCCCAUCAGAUAAGAAGCUACAUUGGCCUGCCACAUAAUCCACACACUCCCCUCCCCAGCUCCAAGACUUUCACUUUUGCCAUAUUCUGUUAAAAAGAAUAAAAA